AAGUCCGAGACCGGGAGAGUGCGAAAGUCCGUUGAUGACAUGGGGUCAGAUCGAGGGGACGCCCUUUCGAUUGGAUGGUGGUGACACUCCGUUGUUGAAGACGAGUCAGGGACCGUCGUUCAGAAUAGCGGAACCGCCGAAAAGAGAGCAACUGGCGUUGCAGUUGGCUGAGAAGGCUGGCGAGAGACACAGGGACCGAAAAAAUAAAGCCUUAGAAGCAGCCAGAAAAUCAUUAGCCACUCCGUCACCGAGAUCAACUAUAGAUCGUCUAAGCACUAUGUCUCCCGCGGCAAGAAGAUUAGCGACUCAGAAACUUCGGAUAUCGAGCACGCCGUCCCCUCGGCGAACGCCAUUGUCCAGGACUCCGUCCGUAGGCAUCAGAGCACCUAAUACGCCACGUGCAAAACGUCUCGCUAAGGAAACCAGUAGCACCUCUCAAAA